UAAAAAAAAAAAAGAGAGAAGAGACCCUAGUUCCUGCUUAAAAGACAUUCUGCCAGACAGACAACAGCAUAAUAUCCUUCAACUAUUUAACGUUUAAUACGCCUUCUAACAACACAUCUAACGGGUUACGGAGGUCAUCUGUGUAAAGUCACUCUGCAACGAAACAGCAACCGACAAGAGACAGGAACAAAAGCCAUGACCAUCGAUUUCAUAAGCCUAAUUUUCAUAUGGCUGCUGCCACUGACAGCAAGCAGCACAGUGACCUCUGGCCAGCAUCACAUCUUCACUGAUGAAAUGACAGAAGAGACAGGAAAAAGGUUCACUCACAGCCAGCUGACAACACAGGAAACGUCCAACUUAAAUCCACUCUCGGAGGAUUCAGGUGAAAACAUCACACAGUCUAUCAGCAUUCAAGUGAAUCGAACAGAGGAAAAAGCUACAAAACCCAGCACUGAAUCAUCACUGCAAACAACUGAAACAGCUUUGAAAACACUCUCACCAAAUAUUCAUACAGAAGCAUCUCCUACAUAUUCAAUGUUACUGCAAUUAAAAAGCUCAACAGUAGCCAUGAUGCUCGUGACAGAAGUACGACUAAAAGUCCCAACAUCAUCAACAAUGGUGAUAAACAGUCCAGUCAGCCAUCCAACUGCAACGUCAAGGAUACUUUCAAUGUUAAGGAGCUCCACUCAAAGCCAAUACACAAGACAGACACAGACUUUCCAAUUUGCCAGCGAUAAAAUUACUCAUCCUUCCACACAUCCAACACCAUCUACAAACUUUCUCUCUUCUAAAAGCACAUCUACCAAGCCUGGUGAAAACAAGUACACAAGUACAAGUACACAAGUACAAGCCCAGUCACAGACUGCUAAGCAGUCCACUGGUAUGUACAAAACUUCACCAGCCACAACAAAGACACCAUUCAUCCAUAUUACCAGGGCAAAAAAAGGGCAAGGUUCUCAAGAAAAAAAAGCCACGUCAAAAAACAAAAUGUACCACAGUAAAAUAGUGGCAGGAGUAAUAGGUGGAGCUCUGGUAUUUAUGAUAGCAGGAUUCCUGUUCAUCUACAUAAAGAAACGAAAGCUUCAGACGCAGAAGAUAACGUCUACAGAGUGGGCAGGUCCAUCACCAUUUCUAGAGGGCGGAGCUGAUUAUGGCCAAGUAACAAAGAGAUCAUCUAACCGGAUUUCCCUCACCAGCUUCCUGCCUCAGAGGAUGUCCAAAAGGUUGUCAUUGCUCCCAGAGACAGAUGAGGAGUUACAAGACAUGACACCAGGCACAACAUUUGGCGGUAAACAUCAAGAGACUAUAUCUGGUCGAGAGGUGAACGAAAAUGAUGUACAAGAAAGCAAUGGGACUGCUGCAGUUGUUUCAGAAAUGAAACAAGAAGAGACUGUUGAAAAUUCUGUCUCAGCAUCCUCUUUCCAAACUAAUCAUCCACUGUCCACAAAUAACAAUUCUGAGGUUAAAAACCCCAGUGAAGACCAUUCGAUAAAUUACCCUACUGUAUCUACAGCUAUGGAAAGGGAAUGAUGGCCUGUGGCAAUUUUGAGCGAGCUUAAUCCCUAAAUCCCCAACACAUUCACUUUCAUUGGCUUCUAUGCAGCUGCAUCUACUGCAAAAGCAGUGUAAUAAAGCAGAAUAAUUUUAACAGAAGUUUACAAUUAAAGAAAGGGAAAUGUCAUAAAAUACCCUCCAGAUCAGUUGGAAUGGUGUAUGUUUGGGUAUGAAAGGAGCAAAGAAAGGUUGCAAGCAUGGGUCAAGGUUCACCACUGUGUGAAACACAUGACUAUAUAAAGGAUGUAAUUGCAAUGGUUCAGGAACACUUAAUAAAACUGUUGUAGACACUUUAUUUUAGAAUUAUCACAUUCUGUUUUUAUUUACAUGUCAUACAUCAUCUCAACUUUUCUGAAAUAAGAAUUGUAGAUCCUCAAUUAUGUGUGAUGCACAGGGCUAUAAUAGAUUGAUAAGUCAUAUUAUUGGAACCAUCACAAUAAAGUACAUGCAGACAAUUUGGUAUUGCAGACAUCUUGCAGCUGAUGGAAAAACAGAACUAUGUGUGGGUAUUACAACAACUGGUAACACUUUCCAUACCACAGUGGCCAGCAUCCUUCUCAACAUAUGAUUAUGUUGCAUGCCAAAUAAAAACAUUUGCAUUUUCUUUAUAUGCGAUGAUACAGAAAGGGCUUCCUAGUGUUUCAGCAGACGCAGAAGGUAGAGUCAGUCCACGUAUUUAUUUGUCACAUUGAUUUACUGUUAAUUUAAUCCUGAUCAUUAAUAAUAAUAAUCCUGAUCAUGAAGCUUUUGCUAGCACUUCUCUAAAUGUGUAUUUGCAUAUUUUUACUUUGUUUUGUAGAGAUUAGAUGAGAGUUAGAUGAAGGGAAAUAGCUUUCUGUCACAUGUCUGAGUGGUUGUGGUUUUGAAUCUUAUAUUAAAAACAAAGACACUUCCACAUGCCAAAAAAACUCUGAAGCUGUACAUUAUUCAAAUGGGCUUAAUUAAUAAAAACUUUAAAACCUG